AUGUCAAUUGAUCUAUCCAAAGACCCCACAACCUCAAAACGUACUGGGAGUUCGGUAGAUUUUCGUCUGAAAUUGCUUAGAAUAAAAGAGCACUUUAACAGAACGUACGACAUCCCAACAGUGAACAGGCGCUACAGUACUCCUAUAACGCCUUCCAGCGAUGCCUCCUCCGAGAUGAAGCUGCAUCUGGUGAGCAGCCCUAUGCUUACCCGUGUUCUAUCCAACAAUAGAGGCCAUAACUUAACACCUCGUCUUGAAAUGAAAAUUGCCACACAUCAGUUGAACCUAAAGAUGAAAAGCAAGAGAAGCUCAAUGACUGAUCUCGAAUUAUUCAAAGAGCAUAUGGAAAAGUUAGCAGAAGCUGGUUUUCUUCCGCUAGGCCCAGUACAGUCGUUACAACAGCCGCCUCCACCUUCCACUACGAAAAAGCAACGUCCGCAAUUAAACCCUAUUGAUACGGCCAUGGGUAAGCCGCCUUUGAGGGUGAUCGAAUUGAAACCUAUACAUAAUGUCCCGGUAGUGGUAUCAGCACCAGCACGAGCACCCAUGCUCUUACCAGACGCGAAACCAGCAACCUCAGUGACCUCACGGCCUGGAUUGAAAGGGAAACCACAACAACCUAAAAGUGAAAAUCAACCUACCAUAUUUAACGAGAGAAUGAGCGAUGCAGCCAAGACUUUACAAAAAUUAUCUAAAGUGGCAGCUUCUGAUCCCCAAAAGAUCAUCAAAAACCUUUCAACUGUUUCUUCAUCAGAUACAACAGUCAUAAGAAGCAAAGGACUGACAGAUGAAAUCGUUUGGGAACAUGGAAAACCUGCUAUUAUCCAAUUCUCAGAGACCUACAAGGCCACAAUGACAAAAAUUCGCUAUAGCAACUACUAUCCUCUGGCCCAACGUAUGCAUAUCAAGAUGUUCAAGAAUAAGAUGGAAACCGAAAAAGAGACGCUCAUCCAGCAAUGUGAGCAAACACUCAAAAUGAGCAAAGAUAAUGCCGACUUGAUAGCUAUAAGGAUGGAUUUAGCGAAUAAGCGCUUGCGAUGGAAGGAACAUGAACAGAGUGAGCAAGUCUCAACCAUAAAGCAUAAAUACCACACUUUGGAAACGAAGCAAUUGAAAAUUGGACAGGCAUUCUACCAACGAUUGACAGCUCUAACAGGUAGAAAAGCUCGAAAGGCAGACCUAACAACAUUGAGCGAGAUGAAUGCAUUUAUGCAUCUGAUGCAUUAUGAACCGAAACCAUCUACUGGGGGUAGUUGUAAGCAAUUAUCCGUUGUCUCACCUUCUGCUAUGCGAUUUUCUCAACAACGUGCGAAAAAGAGAAACAACGGGCAAACCAGCCUCAAGGCAGAAAAGCAUCGAGGAGAGCAGCCGAGCCUAAAGACUCCACAAAGCCAUGUAUCCAACCGCGCCCCUGAGCAGAUUACCACCCAACAAUUGAAAGAUAUAAUUAGAAAAGAGCGCCUGGGUGAUGACAAUAGCCAUGCAUCCCACUUAAGUCAAUGCAAUUUUGAUUUCGAAAAGCACUAUCCGGAGGUCCCGCCACCCUUGACACAGCAUCAUCAUAUCGAUAUUUUGUCGCGACUAAUGGCAACAGAUUUGUUUGAUUACAAUACUUGUAAGAAUUUCAAUGAUGUCCCAAUUUUGCAGACGAGGUUCCGACAUACACGAUAUAUGUACUACUUAUUGAGCACACCUAUGGACGAUAUACCUGAUCACUCUCAUCCAGUUGCUUGGAGAGUGAAGAUGCGCCGUUUCAGAACUUAUCAGCAGCGUACUGUGUUGAUAUCGUCUAACGGUACUGUGAUUCCCCUCAAUGCUAUUACCAAAACUGCUGCAGCUGAUAGUACUGCUACAGCAGAUAUUACUACUACGGCUGCUAUUGGCACUAAUGCUGCUGAUGGGGGCGACCAUAAGCUUGGCAAGAAAAGUUCAAUGAAAAAGAAAAAAUACGCAGGUUUAAAGGCUACUGCAGCUACUAUUCUUCUAGGAGGUUCUCGUCCAUAUAGUAGCUUAUUUCACUUUCUUACCACCACAAAGAAGCGUAACAAUAAUAUCAAGGGUAAAAAGCAUUAA